GCGUCAUCACAUUUCUCAGCCUACAACCGAUUUGGUGCUGCCAGUCCUUCUCCCCUUCGCAGUCACGACAUACCGAUGGUCUCGAACUUAGGCGAAUCAGUGUUUGAUCACAUGGAACCAGGCCAUAUAAACUCAAGAUCAUCUAUAAUGGAUGAUCACUUAUCGCGUUUAUCAUGUACUUCAGCAUCUGAUCUUGAUGCCUCUUUUAGGCCUACAGAGCUCUUUCCCCUACAAUUUCACGAUUCUUCUCUUUUGCCACCAGCUUCAGUUUCUCAUCCUCAUAGUCAAUUUCGAGUGGACUUGGCUUCUGAGGCAAUGUCAUUUGCCGAUUUAGACUCAUCUAGGUCCAAUUCGUCUCCCCCUGGACUUUCGCCAUGUUUAUCCAGCAAGCCACGUAUCAUCACUUCGGCCAACCGAAAGCGCUCUAGCCUUUGUCGAUUAGUCACCAUAUCUUCUUCACCACCUCCAUCAGCGUCUUUAUCACCUCCAAUCGCACAUCCAAAUUGUUCCGAUGCCUCUGGUUGCAUUGCCAUCAGUCGCAAUGGGAUAUCAAGCGACAAUACAUCACGUUUGGUCAGGAGGCCUGAUUCUCCCGUUUAUGGAACUGCUUCAUUUGUACCAUCUCUUCAAGUUCACCCUCCACCAACACUUCACCCUUCACGUACUCCUUGCCAGCGUUCCUCAGCUUUGUGCCAAAUUACACAGGCCGAAAACCAUAUUAUGGAUGGACUGCUUGUCGACAGAAGACAAUUAGAUGAGUCUAAAGCUUCAGUAAAAGGGAAGAGUUCGUGCAUUCAUGGCCAAUUGACUCCGGUCAGUACUUCAUUUUGCGAGUAUUCAGAUAUAUGUUCUAUAAACAAGGAUAUCCAAAAUCCUGCAUCCACGACUGCUGACGAUAGCAACACUGGCUAA